AUGAACCAAGCACCAAGCAUAACCAAGGAACAGUAUGACCAACUCAUCAAUAUGAUGCAGCAGUUUCACAUCACUAAUGCUAACAAAGAAGGUGAAGUGCAGAUGAACAAUGCAGCAGUUAACUUUGCAGGUAUUAUGGCAUUUACUUCUUUUAUUGAUUUUAGUAAACCAUCAUGUGGAUGUUUCAAGAAUAGAUCUGACUUGUGGAUACUAGAUUCAGAAGCCACUCACCACAUGACAUUCAACAAGAACCAGAUGACAAACCUUAUUACCUUACCUUACCCUUUACUACUUAGACUUCCAAAUUGUUAUAGAGUAAAAGUCACAGAAAUUGGAAGUGUCAAAAUUAGUACUCAGAUCACACUAUAUAAAGUAUUGUUUGUUCCUAGCUUCAAGUACAAUCUGAUGUCCAUUCAUUCUUUAGUGAUGCAUCUUAAAUGUAUUGCUUCAUUCUCUGAUAGUUCUUGUAUUUUGCAGUUCUCUGACAGUUCUUGUGUUUUGCUGGGCCUUUCAAUGAAGAGCCCUCUGGAAAUUGGUAAAGUCUUUGAUAGUCUAUACUUUCUUUUUUCAGACUGCAUACAAAGGAAUACUCCUGAAGAUCACAAUAAGACUCAAGUUUCUUUUCCGGUUUCUAGUCAUUUAUGUUGUAAUAGCAAACUACAAUGUCAAAGUCAUCCAACUCUUGUUCCUAGUCUUUCAUCUCAUGUUAGCAGGGUGCAUUAUCAAAGUCAUUCCCACUCCUAUCAACCCCAGUCAUUUGUAAUAAACUCCAUUCACAAUAAUAAAGACAAUGCUGUUGAUAGUUUCUCUUCUGUUUCUCAUAAGUUUGAUGAUAACUUGCUAUGGCACAACAGACUUGGUGAGUGCAUCUUAAUUACAACCUACAUUGUGAACAAACUUCCAUCUGCACCCCUCAAGUCCAAAUGCCCAUUUGAGAUCCUAUACAGCCAAAAACCUUUCUACUCACACCUUAGAAGCUUUGAUUGCUUAUGUUAUCCAACUACUCCAAAGCCACACAGAACCAAAUUUGAUCCAAGAGCAACUCCACAUGUGUUUGUAGGAUAUCCCUUUGGAACAAAAGGUUAUAAGGUGUUAAGUCUGAUAACCAAGAAAAUUCAGAUUUCAAGAGAUGUAGUGUUUCAUGAGAAUAUAUUUCCUUUCUGUUUAUCCACUCCAUCUCCUUCCAUUCAUGCAUCUCCCUCUCCUUUUGAGCAUGAUCUUUCUUCUACUCAGAGUCCUACUCAUGGUCAAUCCACUUAUGAACAGUCUCCAGCUAGUCCUGAUCCUACUACUCCCAUUAUGUCACCUAUACAUUCAGAUACUCAACCUCAUUCACCCAUACAACCUCCCAUCUCACCUCCUAAUUCAGUUACACGUACACCUAACUCAUCUUACCUUAAUGAUACCUUACUUGCACCCACUCUUAAUCACUCUUUCUCCUACUCCACCAACUAG